GGCGCGGCGCGGCAUGAUGCGGCGCGCGUGCAGCUGGGUCGCGUGGCCGGCGGUGGCGCUCGCGCUGCUGCUGGCUUGCGACCCCGCCGGGGCUGCUGCGGACAUGCUCGCUCCUGGCAUAUGUCCAUCGAUGGACAUCAGGAACAAACCAGACGCGAUGGAGAAGCUAGGGGCGUGUCGAGUGAUCGAGGGUCACCUCAGUAUCGUCCUCAUUGAGCACGUCACCGCCGCCUCUUUUCAGAACGUCAGCUUCCCCAAGCUGCGGGAGGUCACCGGCUACAUAUUGAUAUAUAGAUUGAAAGGUGUGCGUAACCUCGGCGACCUGUUCCCGAACCUAUCUGUGAUACGAGGCACGCCGCUAUUCAAGGAUUUCGCUCUUGUUAUAUUCGAUAAUGGCAUUGAGUCUUUAGGACUUCGCUCUCUUACAAGGAUAGAGAGAGGCGCCGUCCGCAUUCAGAACAACGACCAGCUCUGCUACGCCAACACUAUCGACUGGUCGCGCAUCAGUCCAGAGGCUGAAAAUAAUAUCAUUAGGUCGAACUACGACACGCGGCUUUGCGGUUUAUGUCCGAACGCGCAGAGUCGGAUGGAAGACCACAGGCAGAUCCAGUUUCAAUGUCCAGCAGACUUCACGGGCCGUCUGCUGUGCUGGGACGACAAACAUUGUCAGAAAAAAGAUUGUCCAACAAAAUGCAACGGUCGAGCCUGUAUGGCGGACGGCAAGUGCUGCCACCACACGUGCCUGGGCGGCUGCGACGGGCCCUCCCCCAGCGACUGCCACGUCUGCGCCAACUUCUCUCUCGGCUACGACGACAAGCGCACCUGCGUGGAUAGAUGCCCCGCCAAUACCUAUGAGUUAUCAAGACGCUGCGUGACAGAGCAAGAGUGCCGCUCCACACCGCCGCCGCAGGAUGACUUCGCGGACGCGGUGCAGCGCGCUCCCACCAUACGCGCGUACAAGCUGCUGUUCAACCGCUCCUGCGUGUACUUCUGUCCUAGCGGAUAUAUGGAGGUUGGCAGCAGAUACAACUCCACAUGCCAGCGUUGUCCGAACAGGGGCUGCAACCAGGAGUGUUUGGGCGGCAAGAUCGACUCUAUCACCUCUGCCGAGCUGUUCCACGGAUGCACUCACGUCAAAGGCACGCUGGAUAUCUCUCUUCGGACCGGCGGUGGCAACACGAUGGCCGUGCUGGAGCAAUCUCUGGGCGAGGUGCGCGAGAUCUCGGGCAGCCUGCGCGUGGUGCGCUCCUACCCGCUCGUGUCGCUCAUGUUCCUGCGCAGCCUGCGCACCAUCGGCGGCCGCGAGACCGACAACAAAGGGCAGAGCCUGUACAUAUUCAAUAAUCCGAAUCUCGAACUGCUAUGGAACUGGUCGAAUCACGGCACGAUAUCCAUCGAGAGAGGCAAACUAUUUGUACACUUCAACCCGAAGCUUUGCUACAAAAACAUUGAGGAGCUCAAAAACAUGACUCUCGAUCCGAUCUCCACUUUCAGCGAGACCGAGGUGUCGCGAGACAACAACGGCGACCAGGCUUCUUGUUACGAAGAGAUGUUACACUUGAAGGUGCACAAGCUGCUCCAGGAUGUGGCGAUCCUCACGUGGAACAUGUACUGCAUCGACGACAUGCGCAAGCUGCUCGGCUUCUCCAUCUACUUCUUGGCGACCGACCACAACGUCACACUGUACGGCCAGCGCGACGCUUGCUCCGACACAUGGAACGUUCGCGACAAGACGAUGGAGGAGGUGCUGAACAACACGGCCACCACGCCGCCGCCCCCCAAAGACAAGAAGACCAUCCUGGAGAGCUCGUGCAGCGAUGUGCAGCCGCUGUUCCACCCGCUAACCAAGCUCACACCCUUCACGCGCUACGCGGCCUACGUCAAGACUUACACCACGCAGCAGGACAAGCGCGGCGCGCAGAGCCCCAUCAUAUACUUCAAGACGCUGCCCGGAUCUCCCAGCCCGCCGCUCGGGCUCACGGUGGAGUCACUGGAGCAGAACGCCGCGACCGUGAGGUGGCAGGCGCCCGCCAUGCCCAACGGCACCAUCGCCUUCUACCACGUGGAGGUGCAGGCCAACUACUACAACCGCCCCAAGAUACUCGCGCUCAACGUCAACUACUGCAACAAUCCGAGUGCGCUGGUGAACUUGAUCGCGGUGCGCGGCGAGGAGAGCAGCACAGACACCGAGAAAAAGGAGACCAACCUGACGGGUGACGUGAAGGGCGAGCAGUGCGUGUGCCGUGACGACGCGCGCCCCGCCACACGCUUCAGCUCCGUCGCCGAGGAGGAGCGCAUGGAGAGCAUCGACUUCGAGAACACCCUGCAGAACCUGGUAUACGUGAAGAAAACCGUGAACGAGUCGUCGUCGGUGGAGUCGGCCGCGAGCCGCAUCCGCCGCUCCAUUGACGUGAGCGUCAACAGCAUGCUGGUCAUCCUCAGCUCCGCGCACAUGCCUUUGUUCGGCAGCAACUACACGAACGUCACCCAAGGAACCAAAUGCAGCCGCCGUCAGGUUAAAGCUUGCAUCAUUAAGGAUCAUUCUUCAGAGUACGUAAAGAGUUUGUACUACGACCUGGACGGCAGCGUGCGCUCGCUGCGGGUGGAGAACAUGCGCCACUUCACGUGGUACACCGUCAACAUCUGGGCGUGCCGCGAGAAGCACGAGAACGAGUCCCAGAGCGACUACGAGUUAUUGUUCUGCUCCACGCGCGCACAUUACACUUUCCGCACGCUAGAAGGAGAAAAUGCUGAUGUCGUAAGAAACCUCAACGUCGCAGUUUUGAACAAAACCCAGCCCGAAUUGAAUGUGACGUGGCAGCCUCCAGAGGACCCGAACGGUUUCGUCGUUGCUUACAAAGUAAAAGCGUCACUUGUCGGCGAGAGCAAAAAGGAUGUGGGUCUACUGUCAAGCUGCACCACGGCCGAGGAUUACGAGGCGUCAGGACACAGCGUACCGGUGCGCAACCUGGUGCCCGGCAACUACUCCGUGAGCGUCACGCCGGUCACCCUCAGCGGCGUGGGCAAGGAUGCCGCCGUGCGCUACGUCUUUAUACCGGAGCGCACGGCGGAACUAAGCUACGAGUGGGUGUGGGGCAUAGUGGGCGGGUGCCUGGCGCUGCUGGCGCUGGGCGCGGGCGGCGUGUGGUACGCGCGGCGCGCGCUGCUGCCGCAGGCGGAGACCAACAAGCUGUUCGCGACCGUCAACCCGGAGUACGUGUCCACCGUGUACGUGCCCGACGAGUGGGAGGUGCCGCGCGCCAACAUCGAGUUCAUACGCGAACUUGGACAAGGAUCUUUCGGCAUGGUGUAUGAAGGUAUCGCCAAGAACAUUGAAAAAGGCAAACCGGAAACUCGGUGCGCUGUGAAAACUGUCAAUGAGCAUGCCACUGACAGGGAGCGCAUCGAGUUCUUGAACGAGGCGUCGGUAAUGAAAGCGUUCGACACGUUCCACGUGGUGCGGCUGCUGGGCGUGGUGUCCAACGGCCAGCCCACUCUCGUGGUCAUGGAGCUGAUGGAGUGCGGCGACCUCAAGACGUACCUGCGCUCGCACCGCCCCGACGCCGAAUCCUCGCUGCCCAAGAAGGGGGGCGACGCGCCGCCCACGCUGCAGAACAUACUGCAGAUGGCUAUAGAAAUAGCGGACGGCAUGGCCUAUCUAUCGGCCAAGAAGUUUGUGCACCGCGACCUGGCGGCGCGCAACUGCAUGGUGGCCGGCGACCUCACCGUGAAGGUGGGCGACUUCGGCAUGACCAGAGACAUUUAUGAGACUGAUUACUAUAGGAAAGGCACCAAGGGCCUACUGCCCGUCCGGUGGAUGAGCCCUGAAAGCUUAAAAGAUGGGGUGUUUUCAAGCAGCACUGACGUGUGGAGUUAUGGUGUUGUAUUGUGGGAGAUGGCCACACUCGCUAUGCAGCCAUAUCAGGGGCUGUCGAACGAGCAGGUGGUGCGGUACGUGGUGGAGGGCGGCGUGAUGGAGCGGCCCGAGCACUGCCCCGACCGCCUGUACGAGCUCAUGCGUGCGUGCUGGGCGCACCGCGCCGCGCUGCGCCCCUCCUUCCUGCAGCUCGUGGCCGACCUGGCGCCCGCCGCGCAGCCCUACUUCCGCCACCGCUCCUUCUUCCACACGCCGCAGGGACAGGAGAUGUACGCUCUGCAGCGCACCGCCAUGGUGGAGGAGGAGAGUGAGAGCGCGGAGGUGAACGUGGGCGCGGUGGCCACGGGCUCGGGCUCCAACCUGUUCGGCGUGUCGGGGCGGCUGGCGUCGUGGGUGCGCGAGCUGUCGUCGCUGCGCUCGCGCGCCGACGACGACGCGGCCGCCGAGCCGCUGGCGCCGCCCGAGCCGCGCGCCAUCCCGCUCAAGGCGCGCGCCGGCCCCAACGGCGUGCUGCGCGAGCCGGCGCGCUAGCGUCCGCCGCGCCCGCCCCGGCACCGAUAUCUACCUCAGGCCGCGGCGCCCGCCCGGCUCUUCGAAUCCUAGGUGUAAGCGUAGCUAGAGAAUCGUUCGCCGCGUCGUUUAUUUAUUGCCGCCGCGACCCGGCGCCCGCCGGCCUCUGCAUUUAUCACGUCGAGGUCCGCGCGGCAGCCGCCGGGGCCGAGCGGAGUCAAUCCUAUAUAGUUUACCUCAGUAAUAUAGUUGUAUCGAUGUCAUUUGUGACGCAGCCUAUUAUCGUUAAGUUUACCGUGUAAGCUGUAAAGUGUGUAUAGUACCUAACGUGACGUAGUGAAGUCGUGUACAAAUUACUUUAAUUCGUUUAUAUUCGAGCCCGCGCCCCCGGCCGGACGAGGGAGCGGCGGGUUCGCGUUUAGCUUAAGUUUCUGUUAUUGUUGAAGCGCUUGCCGCGACGCAGGUUGCCACUCGUCGCGUCUGCUGAUAAUACUCAUAGUUCGAUCGGCGUAUCGUUCUAGUUUGUCGUUUCUAUUUUAUAAUGAGGAAAUAAUUUUCAUAGAUCGGAUUUAACCACCAAAGACUUAAUACAAAUCAAAACGCUAAAUUAAGAUUUUAUUAUUAUAUUGUAUUUAGAUACGUUAUUAUUUUGUACAUGUAGCGCUCUUCGCGUCGAAGGCUUCUUCGAGUACAUAAGACGAAACUGAAAUCGAUGUGUUCCGUAUCAAUUACAAUGCAAUAGAUAUUCUGCCAUUGUUGUUACAUAGUCGUUAUAUAUGAUAAUUUUACAAUUAUUGCGUAGUGUGAAUUAUGUAUACUCCGUAGCCAAAGUCUAGCUGAUUCGCAAGACCUAUAUACAAUUCCUGACCAGUGGACUCGCAUUAUACAUAGAGCUAGGGCGAUCAGUUGCAUCCCGAUAGAGGACGAGCUGCGGCGGUCACGAUAGGAGCAUGUAUUGAUGCUUUUAAAGUAAUUCUUUAGAUUAACGAGUUGUAUUCGAAAAUUUUAAUAAAAAUUUAAAAUAGUUAAUGAUUUUAAUAGCAUUCUUUAUUAUUAAAAUAUACGCUAGACGCACUAUGUUACAGUAAUAUGAAAUAGUGAGCUAUUUGUACAAUAGUUGUAUAUCCAACCAAAGUUAGACUCCAUUAUACAACAAUCCUGGACAUUGCCGCGCCGAGGCGGGCCGGUGAUGUCGAUAACUUUACGAUAAUGUGGUUUAAGGGUAUAAACGAGUGCCUUCAGAAAUCCAGCCUUCAUUGGAAUGCAGGAUUGUUGAUUGAAAGAGGAACAUGACACGAAAACACGAAUGUUGACUUAUUUUUAAUUUUGUAAAGGUGAAUCGUUACAUUAGCUACAAAUGUUAAACUGUUGGUAGCAACAUAGUAUUCUGUCUUAGCCGCAGAAACCAUUCAGUCCCCAAAUGCCGAUGAAGUCAGGAAGUUGUUACAAAUAGUAAUAUUUCAAGACACUACAAUAGGGUUUAUUAAAAACUUGUAAUUUUGUACAAGAACCUAUAGUAUUGGAUAUAAAUAAUUGAUGAUUAAUUUAUUUAUGCGUUAAUUUUUUUUAAUCGAGAGAUAAUAAAUAUUUGCAGACAUAAUUUCAACGUUUUUUGAAUAAUAAUAAUAAUAAUUGCUAGAGCAGCUACUGUGACGUGAGACCUCUAAAAUUGUAGUUUUGUAUUUCUGACUAAGUUUUUCUUUUUUUUAGGACAGCUAAAUUACGACUGAAAUUAAUAAUCUACGUGCCGGUGUAACCUGUCGAUAAGUUAUUUAGCAAAGUUAUCUGUCAAAAAGUCCAUAUGAUUUUUGACAGUCAUUAACGAACUUUAGUAACUUAUAUCGACAGAUAUCGACUUAUAGAUUGAUUAUUAUUAUUAAUUUCGGCCAUUUAGUUUAUACAACCCUAAUCAAAUGCCAACAAACACACACACACACAGACACACUUUAGACACCUGCAGUUAACUUCAGACAAUCAAUGUAAUAAUUGGUAACUUAAUAAAAUUGUAAGGUAGAGGAAGGUGUAAAACCGUACCUGUUGGCAUGUGAAUAGAGUUACAAAAUAACAGUAAUGAGGAUGGCCAAAUUGUGUAGACAAUUUCGAGAUGGAUUUGCUAGUACUCGUAUGUUGUUUAUACACCGUAUUAUAUAUAAAACGCGUCUGAUAUUUGGAUUUGAUCCACGAUAUCUGAAAACUUAAUUAAAAAUAUUUAUAUUAUUGUAUAGUAAAUACUGAUUACGUUCACGUUGUUAAUCGAUGGCAAAUAUUUUUUGUUUCAAAUUCAAAAAAGGGCUCAAGGCGCAUUGCAUUUGGUCUUAAUUCUUAACCUUCUCUUCCAGUGACUUGACCAGUUUUUGUAAAAAUAAUAUUUGAAGCAAUUGAGAAACUCGACGAUUAAGAAAUUGCAUAGUGCCUUAAGCUCGUUACAAAAGUAAAACUUACAGGUCGCCACAUAUACCAAAACAUAUUUUCUACUUUGUAAUCUGUAAAGGUGGGUGCUGAUUGGGAGCUUUUUCGUGUAAUUUAACCAUUUACGGCGGAAAUUAUUAAUAUUAAUUAAUCAAUCUAUCUGUAUUCUGUCGAUAAGUAAGUUACAUACAUUGUUAUUUGUAAAGAAAGAUUAUACAAUUUUGACAAAUAACAACAUUGCUACAUAAAGGUUACAGAUAGGAUUGACUAUUAAUUUCUGCAGUUCGAGUUCGUCUUCUAGCAUUAGUAGGUACUUAAUACAAGAUCGGAUUACGUUCCUGUUUAUGAUGAUAUUAUAACGGGUACAAUAAGGCGAGCGUAGGCAGUGCUUUGUAUUCGAAUUGUUAUGUUAUACGUAAUGGCUCUCGACCAGUAUCCGUCUAGGAAGCUAACUUGGCUGGAGUGUCGUUAAGUAAUAACUUGACUGUGUAAUACAGCGGCUGUAGUCGCUUUCUACGAGCCAGCCGAGGCACUCCACCGUCGCUCUUUCAACACAAAACUUGUCUAAGUUAAGGUUUCCCAGUUCCUGGCGUGAUGGCGCCAGCUAUUUAUUGUUAAGGGCAGCUUUAAGUGAGAUGUGAGCGCAUUUGCGUGGAGUGGCUGGGGCUAAGUCUCGCACAACGUUGCCUCACACAGCGUUAUUUGCGGGCUUUAGUCGUCUAUUCGUUAUAAUAUGCAUAUCAUGGUUAACGCCCGAUUUGCAGAUAUAAAGUACAGGGGAAAAUAUUUGGUUUUAACAAAUAUAAUAAUUGUAGCGGAUAAUUUUAAUUCAAUUCCAUUCCAUUUGAUUGCGAUCUAGCCAAGCAAGGUGGUAUGUGGAAUUAGAAUCGCGAGUCGGUAUCGUCAUCGAGCAUGGCGAUGAUUGUGCGGUAUGUUGCCCGUGCCGAAUUGGAAGUUACUUAAUCUGAAUUAUUGUAAAUAUUACAUUAUAGAUAGAUACUUAUUGAAAUAACAAAUUAUUUAUUGACUGAGUGAAAGUUAUUUCAAUCGUUGCAUCAGUAUUUCUUAUUGUUAUGAUUUCCACUGAUUAGGGCACUUUACCUCAUUUUAGUGAUUAUGUUAUUCGUAAAUGUGGACUGAUAAAAUAAUUUCCAAUCGAUGUGUUCCUCGUGUGAUUUGUGUGCGUGCUGUAGUACGAGUGUAGUGUCGGGGUGGCGUUGUGCUAUAUGCUCAGUUUAGAUACAAAUUCACCAAACUAUUAAGAUAUAGUGUAUAAUUUUUAUAUUUAAUUUAAUGAAAACCGAGUACCUAUUAAUAAUAAUUUUAAUAUUUAUAUUAUUAAAAAAGUUACAAGAAUUAGCGAAAAAAAUAGUUUUGAAUAUCGAUGUAUCCUAAAAAUAACCCUUGUUUAAAUAUAUUUUAUACCAAGUUAAUAAAAACAAGGUCUAUAACGUUCUUAAAAUAAAAUUUGUUUUUUAAUUGAAA